CACAAACUGGUGGUGUGAGAAAUUCUAAGAUUCCGACCUUCCCCCUCAGCCCGUGGAAAUUUCAAUCCAUCGUCAACCAGACCCGACCAUCCACGCAGAAAUCCGUCAAGAUGGUUAACCUGAGGACCCAGAAGCGGCUCGCGUCCUCCGUCUUGGGCGUCGGCCAGCGCAAGAUCUGGCUCGACCCCAAUGAGGUCUCCGAGAUCAGCAACGCCAACUCUCGCCAGACGAUCCGCAAGCUCGUUGCCGAUGGCCUCAUCAUCAAGAAGCCCGUCACCAUGCACUCGCGCUCCCGCGCGCGUGAGCUCAACCUUGCCCGCCGCAUUGGCCGUCACCGCGGCUUCGGUAAGCGCAAGGGUACCGCCGAUGCCCGUAUGCCCGAGCAGGUUCUGUGGAUGCGCCGUCAACGGGUCCUCCGUCGUCUGCUCGUCAAGUACCGUGCUUCCGGCAAGAUCGACAAGCACCUCUACCACGAGCUUUACCACCUCGCCAAGGGUAACACCUUCAAGCACAAGCGUGCCCUCGUUGAGCACAUUCACCGUGCCAAGGCCGAGAAGGCUCGUGAGAAGGCCAUCAAGGAGGAGAUGGACGCCAAGCGUGCCCGCACCAAGGCCGCCCGCGAGCGCAAGCUCGAGCGCCAGGCUGCCAAGCGCAACGCUCUCGCCGGCGAGGAGGAGGAGUCCAAGUAGAUUACUGGGAUGAUGACGUGAAUGGAAGAAGACGGACAUAUUGGCGGCCUUGCAUUCGGAGUAAUCGGUUGGGCUUCUUUUUCUGGUCGCAAUUCUCUCUACAUCUCCAAAAUCUACGCGUGGAAAUCCGCUUCUGGUCGUCCGGUUUUCCCUGGUUGAUGGUGCUUUCACUUCUGUGGGGGGUAUUGUUGGUGAUACCAUACCGGCGAUAGCACAGGAUGGUGUUCUGGGCGUUUUGCAUGUCUGACAUGACGACAAGAAAUGUCAGUCGAACGACCAAGAUCUAGCUGCGUUUCCGAGCAGAGAUAUUCAUCAGGCUCUUGAUCGCCGCACGCCCAUGGGAAACACACUGGCGUAUCGGAGACAAGAGGCCGAAAGGGAACGGGAUGCAAGGAGACAAUGCGAUUACGUCGUUGUUGAGCACAAGCUGCUGUUCUUUUCAGAUUGCUUUCAUGUACCGCAGUGCGUGCUUGACUCCAUUUGUAUGAUACCAUUUCCCAGUUCACGCCUUCUCCAUGGAAACUUGACCCGUGAUGUUAAAGAGCUUGCAUACGGUGAUGUAAUUUCGUGGUGUCUGGGUAGAAGCCCGACGCCGACGACCCCCCUUCGCAGGAAACAUCAUCUUUAUGAUGAAUGAACGACAUCGUCAUCGAACUUGCAAUGACACAAGGACUGUCUCACAUUCGGAUGUGAUCUACGAAGCGAAGGGCAUGGGGAGCAUGGAGAACAUGGCCAAGCAUGGGUAGCUUAGCUAAACCACCACAAAAUCGCGCCUAGCACAUCGUGAUCCGAGCAGACAGUCAAGCGCGCACGUAUCACAACUGCAGCUUCGAACAGCAAGACCGCGAUGGCAAUUGACAGACAUCAAGGAGCCAUCAACAGUCAUCAGAUCAGGUCCUUGAACCAGACCAGACCAACCAUUCAUCCAUCCACUUCGCCGGCUUCUCAUCAACUUCAUCGACCUAUCUUCUUCCACACAAACCCCAACACCGACUACCUAACAUCUAUCUAUAGUCAAAAAAAAAAGAGGUAAAAAGAAUAAACGACCGCCUACAGCGAAAAUCGUGCAUCAACCAAACCCCUUUUCUUUCUCUGCUCUCUCUCGAGAGGAAAAAGGAAAAAGUUGGGUCAGAGAUUUCCUCAAAUUGUCCCCUUUCAGAGUGGUGAGUUUUGUGCCAGGGCAUAUCAGCGAAAUGAAUUCGUCCCCCUAAGAAGAUCUUUCUUUCUUUCGAAAAAAAAGACCUUGGAGGAGCAAAAGCGCUGGUGUUCUUAGCGGGCUCAUCAUACCCAGUUUA